AUGGAGAACCGUCACGCACCUCCCGGGAUUAACACUCGCUCGGAAACAGCGGCUCAGUCUGCUGCCGAUCUUGAGGUGUUGAAGGAAAUAGAUCAUAUAUAUUUCUCACCACCUUCCGAGUUUGAUGCAGCCCGGCAUGCUUUGGAGACAGCACCCUCGCCUCCGGACUGCGAAGCUAUUGAAAGGAUGUUCACCAAGUUGAAACGACAGCAACAGGUAGUAUCAGGUAAAGCUCUUCACUUGAUAUCCCAACAUCGUGAUAAUUGUGACCGCGAGUUCGCCGAAAUACAGAACAUCCGUGAACAACUAUCAGAUACCCUCGAGACUUGUAGGAAGGCCAGGGAAAGACUGAAAGCGGCAUCAGACCACUUGACUAUAUCCACCUUUGUCAUACUAGCUAAUGUCAGAAAGAGACAGAUAAUAAAACGUGUGCUGAAAUCUCUCGAACUGUUGAGAAGUCUCCGCAGCGUGGAGAAAGAUGUCGCUGAAUUAAUCACCAAAAAGGAGUACUAUGAAGCGAUUCAGUUGAUCCUGGACAGCAAAAAAGCGGCUGCGGCCCACAAGGAGUACACUUGUAUAGCAGAUUUGGCGACAAGACUUCAAGACACCUUGGAUAUGACUGAGGAAAAAUUGGAUUCCGUACUAGCGAGCAUCUGUGUUAACUUCGACGAGGUUGUUUUCAAGAAAUUAAAGAAGGCAUACGAUCUUCUUGGUAAAACGCAAGCCGCUAUGGAGCAACUGCACAUGCACUAUUCAUCAGCGGUCAAUGAAUCGGCGUUGGAAGCUGUUAAGCCUUUCUUGACUGAAGUGUCAAUAGAGAUGAAGUUUCAAGAGAUGUGUCAAGCGGUUCCUACGACUAAGGCGCCGCUGUGUUUAUUGAAUCUCUGUGAGAAUCUAUUUCUUGUGAUGCGUAGUUAUUAUCUAUUGGUGAAUUGGCAUAUAAAAAAUGAGGAAUAUUUGCCCAGCUCGGGUAAUGUAUUUGAUGUAGAGAGGAACGUCAGUCGAGAAUAUAUAAAGCAGAAGUUAAAAGCUGGAUUAGUCAGAAUCUGGCAUGACGUGCAAGCAAAAGUUUCAACGUUCUUGAAGAGUUCAGGUUUGGAAGAAUUCCCGUUUGAGAAGUUUAUUCAAAUGCUCGGUAUACUGAGGAAGUUGACUCAAGUAGCUGAAGUAUUCUGCGGGGACACAUCAGACAUGCUGACAGACUUUAUAAAGACGCAGAGUUUGUUAUAUAUCAAAAAUUAUCAUCGAGGAAGGAUGGAGGAGCUAAAGUUAUUCCUGGAGAACGAAGGAUGGGAACAGUGUCCAGUCAGAACUACCUUCAAUGUCUUGAAUUUGCAAGAGUUCAAACAGUUUAAGAAGUAUCUGAACUCCAUUAAAUCAGAUGCUGUUAAAAGCACGCAGUCGGAAACCACUUCAUCCGUCCCAUCACAAGAUGACAGUCUAUAUAUAUCGAAAUAUUUCACCGAAAAAACAUCAAGGACUCCGUUCGAGAUAUUUAGAAACGAGAACGUCACUAACGAGGAUAUUUUCGGGCUCGAACCUGAAUCCGACGAUACCGACGUUUCGGACGACGAGCCUGAUGAGCUCAGACGAGAUUUCGUCGAAGAUUCCGACCAGAUUCCGUUAAGUCCAUCCAAAGUCAAAGAAACCGUCAUAGUCACCAACACAACGCUCUCCGUGCUCAGGAACUGUGGCCAAUACCUUCAGAUAAGCAGAUAUUUACCACAACUAGCGCUAGAAGUCAUCAUGUUCAUGAAUCAGCUGUUCGAUUAUUACUUCUACGCCGUGCAUCUCUUCUUCACGUCUGAUCUAGAAGUCUCAUCAGCUACUUUAUACAGCCCAAAGUUAAAUUCAGUUUUAAAGAGAAUCACAAAUACUCUCAACAUGGCGACAGAAGACGGCUUGACCUUGGAAUGCCCAAGUAUUCCUAAUCACCUGGACAUGGGAUCCGAAGAGAAUUUACACGGCUGCAGCGAGAGAAUAGUCGCAGUUGAAAGCGUUAUAUUCCUAGCAAAGCAAUUUGAACUCUUACAACCGUAUUUAGAGUCGAUAGUUGCUCCGCACCAGCGAAUGAUAUUGGAACACUUCAAAGAGAAUACACUGGCUGUGGUGACGGAUUUACGUAUGCCGGUAUAUAUGUGUUCAGCUUCGAAGGCAGUUGAUGCGAAAUCAGCCCUGAUGGCAAUGUCUCAAGUGAGAUGGGAUGUUAAAGACGUAGCGGUGGAACACAGUCCGUACGUGGAUAUGAUUGUGAGGAAGAUCCAGGUGUUCGCUCUUCGCCUGGAGAACAUAUCAGCCAGAGUAACCCUGAACUACGAAGUCCUGAACUCAGUAUGGGCGAUGGUGUCUAAGUUUGUGGUCCAUUUGCUAGUUGAAGGCUUCUCCAAUUCCACAAAAUGCUCUAACGGAGGCAGAGGUCUAAUGCAGUUAGACUAUAGACAGCUUUUCGUCAAAUUGGAGAAAAUAUCCGGCUUGAAACCGGUUCCUUAUCAAGAAUACGUAGAUAGAUACGUGAAGGCGUAUUAUUUGCCUAGAAAUGAAUUGGAGAAUUUCGUUAGAGAGAGAACAGAGUAUUCUAAUAAGCAUCUCCUAGCUUUGGUUAGUUCUUCGUGUGAGAACAAAAGAGAUAGACAGGCUUUAACCGCGAUUAUUGAGAGCAAAGACACAAAUUAG